UGGGAGUUGAUCACAUGGGCUCCGGGACGCUCUGUCUGGAAAAUCUUGUGGAAUAACCACGUUAUUGCUAAUAAUAACUGCGGCACUAUAUUGUUCACUCUGCACGUCUGUGGGAUUUUUUUUCACCCGUGAAAGGCUGACUUUCCUGGCCGUAUAUAUAAGCUAAAUCGGUCCAUUAUGGAGAAGAGCUGUAUGUUUACGGACUGUUUCCCGCACCAGGAAGCCCCGCAGCUAAUACUGUACGCCGGCAGCAGUUAACAGAAGUUUAUUUAUUUCUAAGCCUGUGCCUUAAUAGUCAUUUUUCUCGGGGGAGCGAAAGAAGUAAGCACAUUUAGAAAUUAUUUUUAUGACGACUGAAAAAACAACCGUAACAACACGGUCAUUAUCAGCAGCCGCCACAUUAGCAGUGACCACGGUGCCUUCAUGGUUUGAUAUACGAGACGACAUGUCCCGGACAAGACUUUGAGUGUUUUUUUGUUACGCCUGACGAGAAUUUGUUUUUAUCGACCAUGAAGACCUCCCUGGCCCCCGGCAUACGACUCAUCACGUCCUUUUCUCGUGACAGCUGGUACCGGGGCUUUAUUCUUUUCCUCACCUUCCUCUUCUACACUGCCUACCACUUGUCACGCAAGCCUAUCAGCAUUGUGAAGAGUGAACUUCACAGAAACUGCAGCGGCAUCAUCCCGCCAGCAGACUUCAACAUUACCAACAAUGAGACGUGGUGUAGCUGGGCCCCCUUUGACCAGAACAACUAUAAAACACUCUUUGGGGCCUUGGAUAACUCCUUCUUGGUGGCCUAUGCCAUCGGCAUGUUUUUCAGUGGGAUCUUCGGAGAGCGCCUGCCGCUGCGCUACUAUUUGAGUUUUGGGAUGCUGAUGAGCGGCUUGUUCACCUGCCUGUUCGGCUUUGGAUUCUACUGGAACAUCCACUCGUUUGGGUACUACGCCUUCGUCCAGGUGAUGAACGGACUGAUGCAGACGACGGGCUGGCCCGCUGUGGUGGCCUGUGUCGGCAACUGGUUUGGAAAGGGGAAGCGUGGCUUCAUCAUGGGCGUGUGGAACUCUCACACCUCGGUGGGCAACAUCCUGGGCUCCCUCAUCGCCGGCGUCUACGUCUCAUCGUCGUGGGGUUUGUCCUUCAUCGUGCCGGGCAUCAUCAUCGCCUCCACUGGCAUCCUGUGCUUCUUCUUCCUGGUAGAGAGGCCGGAAGAUGUCAAGUGCAGUCAACCUCAGCAACAUAAUCACUUGGAAAGUGGUGAAACAGAGCCUCUCCUGCAGAGUUCGUCACAAGUUGACAAUGGUUCCAUCACCACAGCGAUACCGGAGAUAGAAGCUGAACACUCGGAGGCUAUCAGUUUCUGCGGAGCUCUUCGUAUACCCGGAGUGGUGGAGUUCUCCCUGUGCCUGCUCUUUGCCAAACUGGUUAGCUACACCUUCCUCUACUGGCUUCCUCUCUACAUCUUCAAUGUUGCGCAUUUUGAUGCCAAAGAAGCCGGGGACAUGUCAACACUAUUUGACGUAGGAGGAAUUGUGGGCGGCAUAAUGGCGGGCCUAGUGUCUGACUACACCGGCGGGAGAGCCACAACUUGCUGUGUCAUGUUGCUCAUAGCUGCGCCCAUGCUUUUUCUCUACAAUUCCAUUGGGCAAAGGAGCCUUGGCACAACUAUUGGCAUGCUCCUUGUAUGUGGAGGCCUGGUCAAUGGACCUUAUGCCCUCAUCACCACUGCUGUGUCCGCUGACCUGGGCACACAUGAGAGUCUGAGAGGCAACUCCAGGGCUUUGUCCACAGUGACGGCCAUCAUUGACGGGACGGGCUCAAUAGGAGCUGCAUUGGGCCCCCUACUCGCGGGACUGAUCUCGCCCUACGGCUGGAACAAUGUUUUCUACAUGCUCAUCUCCGCCGACAUUCUCGCCUGCCUGUUUUUGUCCAGGCUUGUGUACAAGGAAGCUCAAGUCUGGUGUGGACGUCUCCCCCGAAUCAGAGGGUACAAGGAAACUUAACCUGAGGAGCAACACGACGACCUCUUUUUACUUCACAUAACCUCACUCUUCUUUUACGGCUAAAUGGAAAAUCAAUCCAGGCACUACAACUGACGAUUGAAGCCUUCUUUUUGUCAAGCAGAGAGUUGUCUUUGUAGAGACACCUUUUUUUAAAAUGUCUAAUUGCUCAUUCUAGAGUGUUUAUUUGAAUGUUCUUUUAUCAUUAAAGUGUACAUAGGCCUAUGUGACAAACUAGUCUUGGAGCUCUCUCGUCAGUUCAUCUCUGGUCACAAAGGAUGCUGAGCACAUAGUCAGCCACAAGGGGGCGUACUUACAUCGUGGUAUUAUUUUGGCCACCAACGCAAACUACAACCAUAAUAAACACAUUGUUAAAUGAAUACAAUUAUUCUGAAAAACUAAAUUAAAAUAUAUUUUUAAAUAUUGUUAACAUUUUAUUUUAUUUAAUCUAAGAAAAAAAAUGGAACUCUUGCAUUGGCUGUCAUUACAUUAUGCAUAUGUAUCUCGUGUUUAAAGAAGUGUAAUGUAGUUUAGUUUCCAGAGAUAUUGACAAGACAAUUGAUUAGUCCUUGUGAAAUACAGCUUGUUUUUGACAUUUAUUUUCACAUACACUUAAAAUUGUUAAAUGCUUAUUAUAAUGGCGUGCACCAAAUUGAUAACUGAUACUUGUAAACAAAAAUGCAAAAAAAUCUGAAGUUGUUACAACCCACCUGUCUAUCGGGACGUCCUUUAAAUAACUACGGUGCCCCUUUUUUUCCCGACUACUCCUAACAGAUUGUGUGACUGUAUUUAUGUAGACAGGCUGGAAGAUGACAAUUUUAAUCUAGACAAAGCAACACCUGACAUUCACCCAUCCCAGGAUAAAGAUGGUGGAGAGGAAGUGCUUCUUAAGGAAUAUGUACAUUCCAUCUGCUUAAAUAGUGUGGCAGUCACAGAGCUGAAAAGCUUAUGAGCUGGACUGUAUGCCUCUACUUCUUCUUCAUCCUUGUUUUCUUCUAAGUCACAACUUCAAGCAUCUUCUGGUUGCCGCCUCCAUAAACGCUUUAUGGUGC